AUGGAAGCCUUGGUCUGUGCGUUCUCUCAGCUGCACAUAAAAGAAGAUGCAGUGAGCUGGGCCCGAGGACGCACCAGUCACCCCAACAUGCCACCCAAUAUCUAUGUGGGGGGGCUGGGGGCCUAGCAGCAGCAGUGCCCCAGUGCCCAGGGAAGCAAGCCCAAGAACCUGCACCACCUCCGGGGCCUGGCUCUCUACCUGCUAGGCCACAUGCAUUCUGCCGGGCAGUGUGAAAGCCAUUGGCUGAGCCAGCUCAUGGCCGGGGGCUGCCUCCCACAACCCGAGGGCACAGUCUGGCCCCUGGACUUACCACAGGGGGCUCUGGGACCAGGUAACAGUCACCACUCAGCCCUUCUGGAAGCUCGACAGCCUGGGAAUCCUCUACCCCCCCUUUCCUCAGCUUCCAGUUCCAGCAUGGACCCAGCCAAAGGUGCCCCCUCCCAGCCCGGUGCCCCUGAAGGCUUGGGGCUCAGGCCUAAGAGAGCCUGAUGGGCCUCAGAGGAAUCCACAUGUCCCUUGAGCAAGAGAACUCACUCUGGGGCUCUGGAGAGGCCAUAG